GCGGAGGGUUGAGUAAAGUUUCCAACAAACUUUCUACAUUGCGUCCAAACGAAAAACCGUCAAAGCAACAGUGGAAACCAGAGGAAGGACAGCUCCCCCUUUGCUUCCACGGGAUUUGCCAUCAUGUCCUCUGCCAAGCACAAGAAGCUGGAAACAUGGAUUGGGAACCGCGUGAAAGUUGAAGGGCGUGGCAAUGGCACACUCGCGUACUGGGGACCCAUCAAAGGCGCAAAGACAAGCAAGCUGGCGGGCGUGUUCCUGGACAAACCCAACGGCCUCAAUGAUGGGGCUGUGAAGGGCGUGCGCUACUUCAAGUGCCCGCCGAGCCACGGCGUGUUUGUCUCCGCCGGUAUGGUCAAGUUUCUCAAACCCAAGGGUGAGGAUUCCGCCGCCAAGUCACCCGCCAAGAAGACAACGACGACAACCAAGGCUUCUCCACGGGCAAAGUCGGCAAGUGCCAAGAAGACCCCAACUUCGGCAACCAAGCGUGGCGCCUCCAGCAGCGCCCGUACGCCCGCGCGCAAGACAUCGUCGGCAGCGGGCCGGGCUGCUUCCGCCCGCACACCAGCGGGCCGUGCGACGAGCGCUACAGGCAAGGGCCGCACCCCAACGCCCCGCGCUGCUUCUUCUGCUGCUGCUUCAUCGGCUGCCAAGAAGCGGCAGCAGGGCGUGCCUGCAGGCAAACGCACGUCAUCGGCUGCAGCGCGCCGCACGCCCGCCAAGUCCGCAGGUGCGGGCAAGCGUACAAGCAAAGGGCGCGCGAGCAAGGGUGGCGCGUCCCCUGCAAAGGCGACCAGUGCUGCGAAGAAGGUGAAGGAGCAGGAAGAGGAAGUGGUUGAGCAGCACGUGGUGGUCGUCUCCGAUACCGUCGACAUUGAGGUCAUCGAUGUUCCAAAGACAUCCAAGACGCCAUCCGACCAGGGCGACUUUGACGUUGAAGAACCGACGGACGAGGAAUCGGACGAGACAGCGCCGCAGCAGGAGGAAGAGCAGGAGCAUGAAGGCGAAGGCGAAGACGACGGUGGCGUGAAGGUGGAGGAGGUGACGCAGACGCGCACCACUGCGCGGGUCACCACGACCACGACAAAGAAGACGACCAAGUUGUCUGCUGCUGAGGAGGCCAUGAGGAAGCGCCAGCAGCGCAAGAAGACGAAGCAGCAACAGCAGCAACAAGAAGAAGAGGAGGAGGAGGACAAGGAAGAACAGCCACAGGCUGUGUCACCAACAACGGGAAAAGAAGAGGAGCAAGCGGUGGAGGGUCGGGUGCUGCCGCCCACGAGCCCGAGCAUGGCGCGCGCCAGCCAGGCCAACGCCAGCACGAAACCAAUUCGCUUCCGCACAGCCAUGCGCGCAUCGUUCCGCCACGGCAAAUCCGGUGGCGGUGAUGGCGAUGCUGCCGCCGCCCCCACGCCAAAGGCACCACCCUCCACCUCCUCAUCUGCUGCUGCUGCUGCCACACCAACGCGACAGAAAGUAGCGCGGAGUGCAAAGCCCGCGGCGCAGGUGAAGAAGACCGGCCCUGCCGUGAGCAGCAAGCCGUCGCCACCCAAGCCCGCAGCAAAGGCGCAGGACGACGAGCACCAGGAAGAGGUGCAUACAGCGCCUGCGGCUGCAGAGCGUGAAGAUACGUCCUCCCCCGUCUCGCUGAAGCAGAAACUUGCGGCGUACCAGCAGGCCGUAUCGCACCUCGCCAGCCCAGCGCACGGCGGCGAUGGCGGCGACGAGCACAAGUCGCCGGGCACGCGCCGCCGCAGCGCCAAAGUGGCAGCAUACGAGGCUGCACUGGCACGUGGGGGCAGGCCGGCCGAUGACAGCGAUGAGGAGCACGAGCACGGGGGCGUGGCAAACGGUGAGGGUGGCGGUGAUGGCGGUGGUGACGGUGGCGUUGAUGCGACGCCCCGCAGCAAGGGCAGUGUUGCCGCUGUUGCCGCCAAAUACGAUCAGCUUGAGGCAGAGAAGUUCCGGUCCCCUGGCAUCACGCGUGCGCGCCAAGGUGGCGGCUCUCUUCGCUCGAAACUCCAAGUGUUUGAGCAGGCCAACUCUGUCACGGGCACGCCAAUUGAGGAGAAGCCCAUGAAGCGGUCCAUGUCUGUGAAGGUGAAGCAGACGAUGGAGCAGAUGGCUGCCAGUGCCGCCAGACCCGUCGCCAAGACAGACGUGCCGGACGUGCACGUGGACCUCAGUGCAAAGGUAUCAAGUCUUCGUGAGCACGCGACACGACCUGUUGCCCACAAGGAGGUGGACACCGGCACCACUGCCGCCGGUUCGCUGAAGGCGAAGAUGCAGGCGCUGGAGACGGCUCAGCACAGGGAGGUCGGCACACGCACUGACACCGAAUACGAGCACGUGGGCGGCAGCGGGGCAGUGCACAAGCGCGUGACGGAGGCGGAGACAGGCGCCUUUACCCACGACGAGGACGAAGACGCUGGCGACUGCGAUGCUGACAGCGGUGACGCGACGGCCGAGCAGGAGCAGGAGCAAGAGCAGGAGCAACCGGACCGCGAGGCGGCGGCUGUUGGCGGCGGCGAUGACGUGAGCGCUGAUCCUGAACCUGAAGAAGAGCGGGAGGAAGUGCAGAAGCGAGACGAGGAGGAAGCCAAGAACAACGAGAAGGAAGAAGACGAGGAAGAAGACGAGGCAGCUCCCGUCCACGAAGACGUCCCUCCAUCCGAUGACGAGCUGCUUGAGGAGGAAGACGGAGAGGAAGAGGAGCACGUGGCGACCGGCGACGAUGAAGACGUUGAGGAGGAGGAGGAAGAGGAAGAAGAAGAUGAGGAGGACAUGGACGAGGAAGAGAAGGCGCUGCGUGCACGCAUUCAGGAGUUGCAGCGGCAACUUGCCAAUGAUGAUGGUGAUGAUGAAGAAGAGGAAGAGGAGGAGAUGGAAGAAGAAGAGGAAGAAGAAGAGCAGGAAGAACAGGAGGAGGAGAAGGAGGAGGAGGAAGGUGGGGUGACGCUGAUGGAAGAUGAAGACCUGUAUGAUGAGGUGGAGAUGGUGAGCGCCAGGCAGGCUGGUGAUGACGAUGAUGGCAGCAAGGACGAACAGAUCAAUGGGGAUGACAACGACGAGGAUGAUGACGUCGACUUUGAUGAUGAUGAUGACCCCUCAGCGCUGCUUGGUGAUGAUGGUGACCAGCCAUCGCGCCAGCUCCACGAGAGCAACCCCUUUGCCUGAUGUGUCUGUGUCUGUGUCUGUCUGUCUGUCUGUGUCUGUGCGUGUGUGUCUGUCUGUCUGUCUGUCUGUC